GUAGCGAAAAGCUUAAAUUGCUAGCAGCAAAAUAAGACAAACCUGUUGUGUAUAGAAUAGCACAAAAUACUUCGUUGGUUUUACCCGCAACCCAACACACAGAGAAAAUGGCGGAACUUCAGGAGGCAGGACUGCCCGAAACCAUUCCGGAGAACGGAGACGAAGAGGAGCCGGCUAAUUCAAAGGCAGAGGAGAUGGACACCUCCGAAGACCUGCAAGAUGACAACCUGAUCAAGCGGGAACACUUCCACAGUUCUAAUAAUGAGCAGCAAGAUGGACAUUUGGCAGUUAGGAGGAAUGUAAUAUUAGAACGAACAAAAUUCAACCAAAGACAACAAGAAGCAGGAGAGACUGCUGAUGAUUUUAUCACUGCACUUCAUUGUUUGUCAGAACAUUGUGGUUAUGGAGCUCUACUCCGUGAGAAAAUAAGAAACAGGCUUGUCAUGGGUUUACGUGACAAAAGACUGUCUGAGCAAUUACAAAUGGACCCAGAAAUAACACUGGAUGAAGCUGUCACACGCAUUCGUCAAAAGCAACAGGGCCUGCCGGAGAAUACCUUCAAAGCUACCAGCAAUGCUGCAAAUGUAGAGGGUGUGCUUUCACAUAGCAAACAGCAAUGCCCAGCCAAUUCCCAGUGCCAAUCAGAGAAUAAUCAAAACUCAGAAAGACCACAACAACCCCAAACAACGCAGGAGAAUGAAGAGGAGCCUCUAGAUACUGAUGACUUCAUUGAGGAUUUCAGACCUGGAGGAGAAAAGCCUCACUACUGCGCCUACUGCGGUCAGAACUUUCAAAAAGUAAGGGAUCUUAUAAGACACCAUCAAACACAUACAGGAGUGAAAGAAAUGUUCUGCCCUGAUUGUGGGAAAGGUUUUACCCGCUCUGAUAAUCUGAAAAGGCACCAGAGGACACAUAAGAAAGGGGGUGAUUGUCUUUACUGUGAUAAAAGCUUUUCUGAACCGGGAGAACUAAAAAUACACAUGGAAGUACAUAGUCAAGAAAGGCCAUACCUUUGCCCUGACUGUGGGAAGCAAUUCAAACAGUUAUGGGUGUUGAAAAAUCACCAGCUAAAACAUACAGAGAAGAUCUCACCACAGGAAAGGCAUCACUACUGCUCCGACUGUGGAAAGAGCUUUACACGAAGGCAUAGUCUUAGAAGACAUCAGCAAGAAACGCAUACAGAUGAAAAGCCGUACCACUGCUCUAAUUGCGACAAAAGUUUUGCGGGACGUGAGAGACUUAAAAAACAUCAACUAACACACAAGGAAAAGAAACAUAAACAUUACCGCUGUUCAAGGUGUGAUAAAAGAUUUCCUGACAUGGCAAAACUAAGAUCACACCUUCCAGUACAUUCUGUAGACUUGGCACUCCACUGCUCGGACUGUGGAAAGUGUUUCUUAAACAAGACAAAGUUUGAAAGACACACACGAAUACACACUGCAAGUGGAAAAAAGCCAUUCCUCUGCACUGACUGCGGGGAUGGUUUUACAACUUUACGACGGUUGGAAGAGCACCAGCGAACACACACCGGAGAGAAACCGUACCACUGCACUGAAUGCGGGAAGCGUUUUGCACGUGAAUGGACAUUAAAGAGUCACAAGCAAGUGCACAAGUUAAAAAACACUGGAGAAAGAGCUGCCUAUCCUUGCUCUGAAUGUGGAAAGUCCUUCUCCCGUUCACGUGAUGUGAUGACUCAUGUGAGAAGGGUGCAUAAUAAAGAGAGACCUUUCCAGUGCUUCUGCUGUGAAAAACGUUUCUUCCAAAAGAACUUCCUUACAGUACACAUGAGAAUUCACACUGGAGAGAAACCGUACCAGUGCUCAGACUGUGGACAAAGCUUCUCCCAAAUUGGCGACCGAAAACGGCACCAGAAGAGGCAACACUCUGGAGAGGAGACUUGACCUCUAUACAACAGUGUGGAUGGCCCCCUAAUUUGGGAAAAAGUCGAUGACUCCGCCCUCCUCGUGAACUGGAAACCGAUGAGUGGUCGCCAUAUGUAGGAGAAUGCCUCCUUUGUCAGAGGAACAUCAGGGAAGAAUCUCAAUUGCAUACUCGCAUCCCCUCUCCUCCUUCUCAAAACCCAUUGGAGGAGGUCAUAGGGGAGGGACCUCUGGCUUUCUCAUCCAAUGGGUUUGAGAAGAGAGGAGAGGGAACACGAGGAGUACUCGAUUGACAUUCUCCCCCUGUGUAUCCUACAGGCUCCCGAUCACAAAACAAAUCUUUUAUCUAUAAAAUGUCUGGAACAACCAGCUAAACUUGUUUUUACCACUUUACACAUAUUUUGGGAUUUCUCCUCUGUAAGCAUCAUUUGCUUGAUGACGUGCAAGUGGAGUAGGAGAGUAAUUUCAUACAUGGUUUGUUUUCACGUUUCCUUUCACUGAUUACUUUUGAUCUUUUUCAAAAGGAGGUUAGGAGAGUUUGCGAAACCAAUUGAGAAUCUCCCACAGAGACGCUCAAUAAGAAAGGACUACAACAGUAAAACAAACAUACAAUAUUGUCAUAGCAUCAGUCUUUAUUGUAGUUUUUUUUUUUGUCAACUUUGUCAAACAAUUAUUUGAAUAUGUUGUAUCAAAAGUGAACUCUUUUUAUACAUUUUUAUUUUAUCACCCUCGUAGUUUCCACCCGGCAAAUUUGUAUUUGUUAAUCCUCCCCUGCACGAAGCAUCCCAUAAGGCCUGGCGGGUAGGGGCGUUGGGCCAGUAACCCGAAAGGUUGCUGGAUCGAAUCCCCGAGCUGACAAGGUAAAAAUCUGUCGUUCUGCCCCUGACCAAAGCAGUUAACCCACUGUUCCCAGGGGCGACGAAGACAUGGAUGUCGAUUUAAAGCAGCCCUCCGCACUGCUCUAAUUCAGAGGGGUUGGGUUAAAUGCGGAAGUCACAUUUCAGUUGAAUGCAUUCAGUUGUACAACUGACUAGGUAUUCCCCUUUCCCUAUGGCCUGACUCCUGUGUGCACUUGCAUGUGGGUUUUGACAUGAUUGGCUUGUCUGCGGGGCACAAUUCAGACAUAACACCAGAGAGAACAGUCUAUGACUAGGGUGGCUGGAGUCUUGGGCAAUUUCUAGGGCUUUCUCUGACACCACCUGGUAUAGAGGUCCUGGAUGGCAGGAA